CUGGGCCCGCCUUGUAACUUGCAAAGUCUGGCGGCCUCCUCCAACCCGGGCAAGGCCCGGGGCCCUGGGCAGCCUCCAGGCGUGGCGCCCUCCCUCGGGCGGCACCUGUCCCGCCGCCCUGGGGCAUGUCUCUACUCACCAAUUAUGAGGGGCUUCGGCACCAGAUCGAGAGGCUGGUGAGGGAGAACCAGGAGCUCAAGAAGCUGGUGCAGCUCAUUCGGGAGAACCACGAGCUCAAGUCGGCCAUCAAGACCCAAGCAGGCGGCCUGGGCAUCAGCGGGUUCAGCUCGGGGCUCGGCGAGGCGGCAGCCAGCCCCCCUCAACGCCGGGGAAACUACUUCCAAGCAGCCCCAAAGACUUCUCCCACCCGGGCACACCACCCUCCCACCCAGCCCUUGCCCACCCCCCACUCCCCUCCACGAAACCCCCACUCCCCGCCCCGAACUUCGUCCUCCCCGGCUACAGUCAACGAUGCCCGGGGUCCACGUGGCAUGGAGACAUCUCGGAAAAGCAUCCUAGAGCUGGAACGGAAGACGGCCCAUCGAAAGGCCAGCAAGUUCCCUGACAGCCCCCGAGAGUCAAAGCAGCUAGCCUGGGAGAGGCUGGUGGGGGAGAUUGCCUUCCAGCUGGACCGCAGGAUCCUGUCCAGUAUCUUCCCGGAGCGUGUACGGCUCUACGGCUUCACGGUCUCCAACAUUCCAGAGAAGAUCAUCCAGGCCUCCUUGAACCCCAGCGACCACAAGCUGGAUGAGGAGCUGUGCCAGACCCUCACACAGCGGUACGUGAGCAUCAUGAACCGGCUCCAGAGCCUGGGCUACAACGGGCGGGUGCACCCGGCGCUGACGGAGCAGCUGGUGAAUGCCUACGGCAUCCUGCGCGAAAGGCCGGAGUUGGCGGCCUCAGAGGGCGGCUCCUACAGCAUGGACUUCCUGCAGCGCGUGCUGGUGGAGACCGUGCACCCCAGCAUGCUCAGCGACGCGCUGCUGCUGCUCUCCUGCCUCAGCCAGCUGGCGCACGACGACGGCAAGCCCAUGUUCAUCUGGUGACACUGGCCCACGCCCACCCAGGUUCACC